AUGGUCAGCAUCAGCUCCCGUGAAGCCCGAGCUGCCCCGGCAUGGUGCCGCUGGGAUGAGGUGUGGAUCUGGGACCAGCCCUGGAGACGGAAGACGAUGCUGAACGACCUGCUGCGCUUCGACGUGAAGGACUGCUCGUGGUGCAGGGCUUUUACCACCGGGACCCCGCCAGCACCACGGUAUCACCACUCAGCUGUGGUCUAUGGGAGCAGCAUGUUUGUCUUUGGUGGCUAUACUGGAGACAUUUAUUCCAAUUCCAACCUGAAGAAUAAAAAUGAUCUCUUUGAAUACAAGUUUGCAACUGGACAGUGGACAGAGUGGAAGACUGAAGGAAGAUUGCCAGUUGCGAGGUCAGCUCAUGGCGCAACAGUGUAUAGCGAUAAGCUGUGGAUCUUUGCAGGAUAUGAUGGCAAUGCACGGUUAAAUGAUAUGUGGACAAUUGGCCUGCAGGAUAGAGAGCUAACAUGCUGGGAAGAGAUUGAACAAAGUGGUGAAAUUCCUCCUUCGUGCUGUAAUUUUCCUGUGGCUGUUUGCAAAGACAAGAUGUUUGUUUUCUCUGGCCAGAGCGGAGCAAAGAUUACCAAUAAUCUCUUUCAGUUUGAAUUCAAGGAAAAGAUUUGGACACGAAUUCCUACUGAGCACUUACUUCGAGGCUCCCCUCCUCCUCCACAACGAAGAUACGGCCACACAAUGGUUGCGUUCGACCGGCAUCUCUACGUGUUUGGUGGUGCUGCAGAUAACACGCUGCCCAACGAGCUUCACUGCUACGACGUGGACUCUCAGACCUGGGAAGUUAUCCAGCCCAGCCCAGACAGCGAGGUGUCCCACCCAGAAGUGGCUGAGAGAGUAUCUGCCCCAGAAGAAGUGCCCUCCUUGCCCUCGGAAGAACGUGGUUUAAAAAAAUCUCGGGAUGUAUUUGGUUUAGAUUUCGGCAUAACAACAGUUAAACAACCACCCACAGCAGACUCGGAGCUCCCUUGCGGGAGACUCUUCCACGCUGCAGCUGUGAUCUCAGAUGCUAUGUACAUCUUUGGUGGCACAGUGGACAAUAACAUUAGAAGUGGAGAAAUGUACAGGUUCCAGUUUUCUUGUUACCCUAAAUGCACUCUACAUGAAGAUUAUGGAAGGCUGUGGGAAAACAGGCAGUUCAGUGACUUGGAGUUUGUUUUGGGAGAGAAGGAAGAACGAGUCCGGGGGCACACUGCAAUUGUUACAGCUCGCUGCAAGUGGCUCAAAAAGAAAAUCAUACAGGCAAGGGAGAGGUUGAAACAGAAAUCAAAGCAAGAUCUUGAAGACGAGGGACAUGUACCGUGUCAGAAGGAUGGGAUUGGUGGGAAUGUCAAGUUGUGCCGCCUGCAGCCGUUGCUGGAAGUGCCCAUCCGAGAGGCUGAGGCGCAACCCUUCGAGGUGCUCAUGCAGUUUCUGUAUACGGAUAAAAUAAAAUACCCUCGCAAAGGUCACGUGCAGGAUGUGUUACUUAUUAUGGAUGUAUACAAACUAGCCUUAAACUUCAAGCUCUCUCGACUGGAACAGCUCUGCCUUCAAUAUAUCGAAGCAUCCGUAGAUCUGCAGAAUGUGCUCAUUGUGUGUGAAAAUGCUAACAAGCUUCAGCUGGAUCAGCUAAAGGAACAUUGCCUGAACUUUGUGGUGAAGGAAUCACAUUUUAAUCAGGUAAUAAUGAUGAAGGAGUUUGAGCAUCUUUCUUCAUCCCUCAUAGUGGAGAUUGUACGGAGAAAACAGCAACCUCCUGUUCGAACACACUCUGAUCAGCCGCUUGACAUCGGAACAUCUUUAAUUCAGGACAUGAAGGCUUACCUAGAAGGAGCUGGGACUGAAUUCUGUGAUAUCAUUCUUCUCUUAGACGGCCACCCACGGCCAGCCCAUAAAGCAAUCCUAGCAGCCCGCUCCAGUUACUUCGAAGCCAUGUUCCGUUCCUUCAUGCCAGAAGAUGGGCAAGUGAAUAUUUCUAUAGGGGAAAUGGUUCCCAGCAAGCAAGCAUUUGAAUCUAUGCUUAGAUACAUUUAUUAUGGAGAAGUAAACAUGCCUCCUGAAGACUCCCUCUACCUCUUUGCUGCACCUUACUAUUACGGCUUCUCCAACAACAGACUGCAAGCCUAUUGUAAGCAGAAUCUAGAAAUGAAUGUCACAGUGGAGAACGUACUCCAGAUUUUAGAGGCGGCUGACAAGACCCAGGCCCUGGACAUGAAGAGGCACUGCCUGCACAUCAUCGUUCACCAGUUCACCAAGGUCUCCAAGUUGCCAAAUCUCCGCUCCCUAAGUCAGCUACUCCUUCUUGACAUCAUAGAGUCGUUAGCUAACCACAUAUCAGACAAGCAGUGCGCAGAGCUGGGCUCAGACAUAUGACACGCUUUGGUAAUCGAACUUUUCAUUUGUUCCUCAAAAAAAGUAGCACUUUACGGCUGACUCUCUUUUUUACCAUUCCAUACUGAGCUGCUCAGAGUGCCUACACAAUAUAGCAGGCGGCCAAGAGGAGCACGGACGGCCGACUUGCUCUCCCAUGGAUUUGCUUGGUUUGUACCUUUGGGGAGAAGGGUUUGGUCUCUCUUACGCAAAUGUAAAAUUGAAACCAUU